GUCUGGCGUAGUUGAGUAGCCUAACUACAAGGACAUUAGCGGACGCACGGAACGCAGCACAGUCGAACACGAGUGGAUUACAACGGCAUGUUUUUUUAGAGGGGCAGUCAGUCGAUCGUGUAACUAGAGGAAGAAAACCCAAACAUUUAGACAUUGCCCAAAUUUAUUGAAACGUUACGCCAGGUAGCGGUAACUCAAUAGUGAAUCGUGCAAUAAAAAGGUCGGCGGGAAUGGCUUCAUCUCCUUGCGGCAGUGGGAACUUUGAUUCCGGACUGGAAAUCAAAACUCGGUCUGUGGAACAAACACUUGUCCCAUUGGUCUCGCAGAUCACCACACUGAUCAACCACAAAGACAAGCCAAAGAAGUCAGAGCGGACCCAGCAGGCCAUCCAGAGAGUGGGCCAGGCCGUCAGCGUUGCUGUGGGCCGCUUUGUUGGUGUAGGCGAGGCCAUCGCCGUGGAGAACGAGGAGCUGAAGGAAGAGAUGGGCAUGGCUUGUUUCGAGGCGCGCAGAGCAGGGGAUGCCAUAGCCAAACUGACAGAUGUUGGGAUGCCGGUGGCCCCCCUUGUGGACGGACGCAAGACGGUGUUCAGUAACAGGACAGGCAUGGUGAAGGCCGCCCGCAUGCUCCUCUCCUCCGUCACUAAAGUCCUGGUCCUCGCAGACCGCAUCGUCAUCAAACAGAUCAUCACCUCACGCAACAAAGUGCUAGUAACCCUGGAGCAGCUGGAGAGAGUGAGCACCUUCCAGGAGUUUGUCCAGAUCUUCAGCCAGUUUGGGAACCAGAUGGUAGAGUUCGCCCACCUGACCGGGGACAGACAGAAUGACCUGAAGGAUGAGAAUAAGAAGGCCAGGAUGGCAGCAGCCAGAGCAGUGCUGGAGAAAUGCACCAUGAUGCUGCUCACUGCAUCCAAGACGUGUCUCAGACACCCGGCCUGCGAGUCGGCGCGUAUCAACAAAGAUGCCGUGUUCCACCGCAUGCGAUUCGCCCUGGAGCAGGUCAUGGAGAUCGUGACGGACGCCCGGCCCUGCGGGGAGACCAAGGUCCUACCCCUCAGCAUUUACACCGGCAUCAAGGACUUCAAGUCCAAUGUGGAAGGUCUGCAUGAGGGUCUGUACUCACUGCCCCAGCAGGCUCUGUCUGACCAGCUGGAGGCGGUGGUGGAGAGGACAGAGGACUUCACUGACUCGGCCUACACCAGCCACGAGCACCGAGAGGGCAUCCUGCAGCUCUGCCAGCUCGCCCGCCAGGACACUGACCAGCUCAUCGCAGCCUGGAGGGAGGCGCUGUCUCUCAAUGCCAAAGAGGCCACGGAGGAGAUGGAGCUGUCUAUACUGAAGACCUGCCAAAGUGUUCACGAACUCCGCAGAGAGCUCCAUAAGGUGGCGGUGGGGCGGGCGGCGGACCUGCUGAAGCUGCAUGCAGAACACCUGCCUCUGCGGGCCUUGAAGGCCUCAGGGGGCGAGGGAAACCUGGAGGCCGUGGCAGAGUACGCCCGCACGCUCGGCGAGCAGAAGGAACAGCUGAUGGAGACGUGUCGUCUGCUGUGUCACGUCUCAGGGACAGAGCCUCUGGAGAUCACCUGUAUGCACGCUGAGGAGACCUUCCACGUCACUGUCCCCCAGAUCAUCUCUGCAGCCCAGACGCUGGCCCUGCACCCAUCCAGUAAGAUUGCCAAGGAGAACCUGGAUGUGUUCUGUGAGGCCUGGGAGUCCCAGCUCUGUGACAUGGGCGUGCUGCUCCGGGAGAUCAAUGACGUGUUCGAGGGCCGCCGAGGUGAUAAAAGAGCUUACUUGUCGCUUCCCAGACCAGGGAAACAUUCAGCCAACCUGAAGAUGGCGAAAGCUGUUAAGCUAGAUACGGAGGAGCAGAGCACCAUAGCCAAGCUGGGUCUAGAGCUGCGUCUGCUGACCUCCGACGUGGACACGGAGGUGGAGAAGUGGGAGGACCAGGAGCAGGACAUCGUCCGCCAGGGCCAGAGCAUGUCCAGCAUGGCCUACUCCAUGUACCUCUUCACCAGGGGGGAGGGCCUACUGAAGACAACCAUGGAUCUCUUCCACCAGGCUGAGGUGCUUUCUGAGGAAGGACUCCAGCUGUGUUCUUCAGUACACACUUUGUCCACCCUGCUGAUGGAUGAAGAGAUGGUGGUAGUGCUUUCGGAGAUGGAGAAGCUUAUGGGCUUAUGUCAGCAGCUGCAGAUGGGAGUGAGGACGCCAGUACAGGGCAAGACUGCCACCUUCCAGAAGGUGGAUUCAUCCAUUCAGAACAUUAGAGCCAUCAUGACUGUGGUAAUCUACCUCCUGCCAGUCUGUAAUAAACUUGUCAGAAAGUAUAAGUCAGAGAGAAGCAGUCUGGACUCUCCACAGAGCUGGAGGGACAGGCAGUCGUCCACACCCAUCAAAGACGGCGCGCUCAACGGCAAGAACAGCAACGGCUUCGGGGUCAAGUCCCUGGAGAAGCAUACGGCCAACCUCACCUUCCUGGAGAGCAAGUAGUCCAGUCUAGUGACCUUUGACCCCUAACCUGUAUCACCUAUCACAGAGCUGGAGCAUACCAUUGUCAACCACGGGGGGGGGUGAUAGACGCCUCACUCACUUUGACAAUUUUGUCAAAAAAAACACUCACUUAUGUGCC